AUGGCUCCCAGCACGACUCCCAUUCCUCCACCCAUCAUUCCUCCCCAUCCAAAAACGAAGCGCCCGAUCCCUGCCGGCAUCCAGACAAAUGGCGCGCCGUCUUCAUCCUCUCCCUCACCUUCCAUGUCGGCAAAGAAACCACCCAACAGCGCUAAACAAGUCCCCAACUCUGCCUCGACAAAUGGUGGCACCGUCACCGUCGCCCGGCCACCAAAUCGCAUACGGCAAGAGAUCACUGCUCAACCUAAUGGGACCGUCCGCGCGGGCACGAAUGGCGCCACUCAGCCCGUCUCUACCGGUGCGGCCGAUCCAGCCAUGAUACCGGUGGUCGUGAAGCAGCCUCCAUCCCGACUAUACAUCCUGAAGAAGUAUUACGGAAACCCGCCGUCGCUCAUCGUCCAUCUCUAUCCGAAUCAUUUCAAAUUCGAUGCCCAGGAUGACUAUUUUCUCUAUUCGUCGCCAAUGAAAGCCUUUCUCGACCAUCUCAAAACGCGAACCAUUCCACAUGAUAUGCUCGCCGACUUGACGGAGGCGGGAGUACCCUUCUACGAGGGUUGUCUGAUCGUGGAGGUUCACGACCACAGGAGCGUAGCAGCUGAGAAGGAAGAUGCCGCAAAGAAUGCUCCUGCAAAGAAACCUGACGUACCGACCUCGGUUCACAAGAACAAUCCUUAUAUCACACCAUCGCCAAACAAGCCAUUUCAGAGGGAUCCUUUGACUACCAUUAACGGCCAAGCUAAAAGUCCGGAGGUUGACUCUAAAGGCAAAUCAGCGGGUUCCGCCGAUCAAGGAAACAGGCAACUGUCCAAUUCGCCGCAGAGUCAGAAGAGCAAGGCUCCCCCGAAACGGAAAAUAACCACUCUCGUCCUGUAUCCCACGCACCAGAGCCGGCAAGCAGACCUUGCGAUAAGGGCAUGUAAUCCUCGCGGCUCUAGCGAUGGCCGGCAAGACGUACCGGGUGGUGGCAUGGCCCCUCCAACCCCCUCAGCGCUCGUUCCGCCCACACCUACAGGCUCAAGCAUGCCACCUCCAGCCAAGAAAGCCAAGCGCGAGCGCAUGGAGCUCGACAAUAGCAAUAUCUACGCGGCCGAAGGCGCAAUGCUGCUUGCCACUGUGGCACCCCUGGAUCUGGAGCCGAGCAAGGACGUAGAAACCACAAUCCGCAAACUCGAGGAACAGGCCAUGCUUCAUGCACAUCGCUUUCAGCCGCCUCCGCAACCGAAGACUAGGAAGCGUACGGUUGCCGAAAUGGCCGCGGAUGAGGCCCAGGCGGCUGAGAAUGAGAGAUUCCUGCUUACACUGGACGAGAAGAUCACGCAAGGCAGCAGCUCAGUUCCUGGUGGCGAUGGACAGCAACAAGUCGCGCCUUUCAAUCUUACCUUUGACCGCUUUAAGAAGAUCGAGGACAUUAAAAAGGAGCACGCGGAAAGGGCCAAGCAAGAGAAACUCAAGCGGGAGGAAAACGAGCGCAGGCUUGCCGAGCAGAAGGUUCAAGCGCAGGCCCAACAGCAGCAGCAGCAGCAGCAGCAAGCAGCAGAACAAGAGAGGCUUCGGCAGGAGCAGGCCGCCGCCACUCAGAGGGCGCAACAAGAGGAGAUGCGAAGGAAAAUGCAAGCGCAACAGGCGCAACAGGCGCAACAAGCACGGGAGAGGCACGCCCAGGCUCAAGCACAAGCUCAGGCUCAGGCGGCAGCCCAGGCUCAGGCGCAGGCUCAGGCGCAAGCACAAGCUCAGGCGCAGGCACAGGCACAGCAAAACCAAGGCGGUGGAGCGAUGCAUCAGAAUGCACAUGGGCAUCCCGCUCAGGGCGGACAGCUGCCCAAUGGAGUCUCGGUGUCAGCUCCGAACGGCAUGCCGAUGGCGCAGGCGCGCUUCCACGGCCAAGUCUCGCAGCCUCAGGUAUCUUCUCCAGUUGUCCAGCAGAAUACCCCUCAGAAUAUGUCAUCACCCAUGGUCGGUGGUGUUGCCAUGCAGACGUCUGGGUCCAACAUGGGAGGCAGCCCAGCAAGGCCGUCAUCCGUCGUUCAAAACCAGCCCCCAAUGUCCACGCCCAUGGCGGUCAGCAUGUCUGCCAGAGGUAGCCAGCAAAGCCAUCCUUCUGGCACACCACGUAUGCACAGCGCGACUCCGAACAUGGCUCAAGCAACCCCGAUCAGCCGGGCUCAACAGAUGGCCCACACUCCGCGCAUGUCUCAGACCAGCCCGCCCCCAGGCAUGAUGGCUCCUCACCUCAACCAGUCGAUGAUGAUGAACAGCCCAGGGAUGGCCAACAUGCCGCAGAACGCGAACCCAAUGGCACAAGCUCAAUUGCUGGCCCAGCAACAACGCCAGUACCAGCAAGCACAAAACAUGAACGCAGCCAUGAUGCAGAACAAUAUGAUGAACGGCGGUGCCCCGCAGAAUGCGCAGCAAUUGAUGCAGGCGCGAUUCAUCCAACAGCAGCAGCAGAUGAUGCGUACAAAGAUGCAGAACGCACAGCAGCCUGGCAUGCAAAUGGGCCAGCAGCGGAUGAUGCAGGCCAACAUGGGAAUGCCGAACGGAGCACAAAUGCGUCCAGGCCAGAACAUGGUCAACAUGGGGGGCCAGAUGUUCCCGCAAUCAAUGCAGCAAAUGCAGCAACUGCAACUACAACAGCAGAUGCAGCAGAUGCAACAGCAACAGCAACAGCAACAGCAGGGUCACCCGCAGCAGAUGCAGCAGAACCACAUGAUGGGGGCAGCUGGACAGCAGGCUCAACUACAGCAGCGAAUAGCUAUGCAAACGCAGCAGCAGAUUUCGAUGCUGAGUACCAAGUUGUACCAGGAGAACCUGCCGAACUGGUUAUCGCAGCAACAACUUACGCAAGAGACCUGCCCACCCGACUUACUGCAGAAGUUUAAGAUGCAAUGUUUGGGCUCGGCCAGGCAGAAAAUCCUGCAGUUGAGGCAGCAACAGCAGCAUCAGCAACAGCAACAGGCAUUGGCCAUGCAGCAGCAGCAAGCCAUGCAGCAGCAGGGGAUGAUGCCCCAGGGCAUGUAG